AAAGGCAUCUUGACACGGUCAAGAGGCAGACACUGAACGGCAAAGAAGAGCAACGGACACGAUGAAGCUGCAAAGUGCCCUUCUGGUAAUCUGCCUACUUAGGUCAAGCCUUGCUCUGCCAGUGCAGAUUGGACUUAUUGCAAGCAACAGCAAUGAGAUCCUGAGACUGAAUGGAUUAACUCUCGCAGCUCUUGGUCAAGCACAGGGCUCAAUAUUACCCCAGUAUGUUCUGCAGCAGCAGACACCUGAAAUCUUGCUUACCCCACAGGUGUUGAAUUUGAACCCUCAACUGGCAGGUCCUUUUGGUCCGCAGGGGCCACAGCUGUUGCUUCCCAACCAGGGCAACCCGCUAACGCCCAUGCUCAUCCCUAAUGGCCAGCAAGAGCAGCUUGGACCACAACAAGACCCCAACAAUCCCAACAUUCCCCAGCAGGCCCAGAACCCUGUCCAGAUGUAUCCACAGCUUCAGUAUCCAUCUUUUGGAUUCCCUCAGCUUCACAGACAGCAGAGCUACUCGUACUUUGUACCACGAUAUGGCUUUGCCCAGCAGAGGAACACUGGGGUUCUGCCCAACAACGGACAGCAGAACCAGGAAAGAACUACACAAAGACCACAACUCCCACUGCAGCAGGGUUCUAAGACACAGCUACAGACAGAAAAGACAUGGCCAGCAGGAACUCAGAAAGAGUCCACCACUGUUCCCCCUGAUCCCCGUGGUGAUGCAACUGGUACCGGGACAGAUGAGGGAAAUGGCAGCUUUCCCUUCCUGUUUGAGCCAUAGAUGUUACCGGAAAAGAAGAAACAUUACUGCUGUGGUGGAAAGGCCAGGGAGAGAGUUAGCCACAACUUCAAUGAAACUUAUUCUUUGCUUUGAAUACAUUUUAAAUAAAUAAAUUUGUCAAAUGAAA